CCCUCUGUCUCUCUUACCGUAUACCCAUUUCAUCUUUUGGCUUCCAAGCUAAGAAAAAAAGGUUAAACGCCACAACUACCCGACAGACCGCACCCUCCAUCAUCAUUACUACCAUAUCAACAGCAGCUUUUUCCCCCAUUUCUCUCCAUCCGCCAUUUCCAUUCCCAACGAGAGAAAGGAGCAAUGGACGUCGUCGUCGACGACCUUGCAAAUAAGAGCUGCAGCUACCGCUCCUCCGUCGACACUUCCCGCCCUUUCUCCUCCGUCAAGGAAGCCGUCGCCAUCUUCGGCGAGCGCUUCCUCCUCCAGAACAUUUACCACUCUACACCCACGACGCCGACGAAGCACCACCAGCAGCCGCCUCCCACUGCUGAUUCCGCCUCAUGGAAGUCGGCGUCUGCGUCUCCUUCUCCUUCUGCUUCCCCCUCGGUGGUCCCUGACGACGUUGUUACUCCGAACGACAGUCCGAAGUUGAAAUUAGAGCCGUCCUCAAAUCCCUCCGGCUCGGCCAUUGAUGAGAGCGUUUUGGUGGAGAGCGUGAGGAGGCUGGAGGCCGAGCUGGAGGAGACGAAGGCGGCGCUGAAGCAGCUGAAGGAGCAAGGGUCCGAGACCGAGAUCGCACUGGCUUCCCUCAACGCCGAGCUCCACAUGAACAUGGCCAGGAUGGCUCGGGCCGAGGCUGCGGCCGCGAAGAAGGCCGCGGAUGGGAAGGACGAGGCCGCCGCCGCGAGAGAUGAUAAGUUGAUGAUGAGGAUGGUCGGGUCCCCGACUCUGGCACAGAUUCUGAACCUAGGGUCGGAGAUGAGCAGCAAUGGGUAUUAUUCGAACAAGAAGAUGAAGGCAAAUGGGAAGAAGAAGAAGCCCAUCGUGCCUCUGGUUGGGGAUUUUCUCUACUGGAAGAGGAAGAAGGAUUCUCGCUCUGCUGUCAGUGACAACCCGCUCUAUGGUUCUCCUAAUGUUUUCUGAUGGAUGAUUGUUUAGAAGUUCUUAUGAUUGUUUAUUUCUCUAUUUUAUUCAUUUUGGUUUGGGUUGUUCAAUGUUGAGAGGCUGAUUUGAACCAUGGUAAUUGUAAGGGAGGCUAAGGUGUUCGACUAGAAUAUUUCUUUUUUGUUAUGAAUUUUACAUGUAUUUUAAAUGAGAUCAUAUUCAAGUUUUCUGCAAAUGUAUACAAGACCAUCAAAGAUUUGAAGCACACAUCAGUAGUUGCCGAUGAUAGUUUGAAGGUGGUACGAUAUAUAUAUAUAUUAUCGUAUCAGAACAAAUUAAGGAGCUCGCC